CCGUUUCGGCUUCAGAGGCGCACCCCAAAACGCACAUUGCCAGACAUCGAAUCGCAGUGUCGUUCGGGCUUCGGAGCUCCCAUGUCUGCUAUUUCCAUGGCCUAAACCCUACUUCAGAUUGGGGCACCUGAUGAAGUUCGCACGUCACCGUCCCCACCUCACAAACCCUAAUUUCCUCAGAAAACAAAGAACCUUUUGUGCCUCCCCAGACUCACAAUUCGUGGCAUGUCUAACAGACAUUGUGCGUGGAAACCAGAGCUGGCGAGUGGCAUUAAACAACAGCUUCAUAUCCCAGACGCUCAAGCCUCACCAUGUUGAAAAGGUACUUAUCCAAACCCUUGACGAUUCAAGAUUAGCCCUAAGAUUCUUCAAUUUCUUAGGAUUGCAUAAGAAUUUCGACCACUCAACGACGUCGUUUUGCAUCCUCAUCCACGCCUUGGUUCAGUCCAAUCUCUACUGGCCUGCGUCUUCGCUCUUGCAAACCCUCCUCGUUCGCGGACUGAAUCCCGAGGGACUUUUUGAGUCUUUUCUGGAUUCGUAUAGAAAAUGCAAUUUUUCAACAACCCUAGGAUUUGAUUUGUUGAUACAAACGUACGUGCAGAACAGAAGGGAAUUAGACGGUCUUGUGGUCGUCAGGCUCAUGAUGGAUUGUGGAAUUUUGCCCCAAAUUAGGACCUUGAGUGGAGUUUUGAAUGGGUUGAUUAGGAUUAGGCAGUUUCGUAUGGCUUUGCAUUUGUUUGAUGAGAUUGUGAGCUCCGGUCUUCGGCCUGAUGUUUAUGUUUAUACUGCGGUGGUGCGAAGUUUGUGUGAAUUGAAGGAUUUUAUUAGGGCUAGGGAAGUGAUUGGACGGAUGGAGUCAAGUGGGUGUGAGUUGAGUGUUGCAACGUAUAAUGUAUUCAUCCGAGGCCUAUGCAAGAACCAAAGAGUUUGGGAGGCCGUUGAGAUUAAGAAUUUGUUGAGUUACAAGGGAUUGAGGGCUGACGUGGGUACAUAUUGCACAUUGGUUCUCGGGUUAUGCAAAGUGGAAGAAUUUGAGGCUGGUGAAGAAAUGAUGAAUGAAAUGAUUGAGUUUGGAUUUGUUCCAAGUGAGGCUGCUGUGUCCAACCUUGUUGACGGAUUGAGGAAGAAAGGAAAUAUUGGAAGUGCUUUUGAUUUAGUUAACAAGGUCAAGAAAUUUGGGGUUGCUCCUAGUUUGUUUGUUUACAAUGCAUUGAUUAAUUCUAUGUGUAAAGAUGGGAAAUUGGAUGAAGCAGAGUCACUUUUUAAUAAUAUGGGUCAUAAAGGUUUGUUUCCCAAUGAUGUUACCUAUUCUAUUUUAAUUGAUUCAUUUUGCAAAAGGGGAAAUUUAGAUGUAGCACUCCAUUUCCUUGGUAAAAUGACUGAGGUUGGGAUAAAAGCAACCGUUUAUCCCUACAGUUCUUUGAUAAGUGGGCAUUGCAAGUUGGGGAAGUUGCGUGCAGCAAAGUCUCUUUUUGAUGAGAUGAUUGCUAAUGGAUUGAAGCCAAAUGUGGUAAUCUAUACAUCAUUGAUAAGUGGGUAUUGCAAGGAAGGAGAAUUGCAUAAUGCAUUCCGGCUUUACCAUGAGAUGACUGGAAAGGGCAUCUCACCCAACACUUACACCUUUACUGCACUUAUUUCAGGUCUUUGCCGUGCAAAUAGAAUGGCCGAAGCAAAUAAGUUAUUUGGUGAAAUGGUGGAAUGGAAUGUCAUUCCAAAUGAAGUAACAUAUAAUGUUUUGAUUGAAGGGCACUGUAAGGAAGGUAACACUGUGAGAGCUUUUGAACUACUUGAUGAAAUGGUGGAGAAGGGUCUUGUACCAGAUACAUAUACCUAUCGGCCUCUGAUUAGUGGACUUUGUUCUACGGGUAGAGUGUCUGAAGCCAGAGAAUUCAUGAAUGAUCUUCAAGGAGAACAGCAGAAGUUAAACGAGAUGUGUUUUAGUGCACUUCUUCAUGGUUAUUGCAAAGAAGGAAGAUUGGAUGAUGCAUUGGAUGCUUGCAGAGAGAUGUUGGGAAGAGGUGUGGCCAUGGAUCUUGUUUGUUAUUCUGUACUUAUUUAUGGAAUUUUGAGACAACAGGACAGAAGAAGCAUAAUUGAUCUUUUGAAGCAGAUGCACGAUCAAGGAUUGAGGCCUGAUAAUGUAUUAUACACAACUAUGAUCGAUGCCAAUGCUAAAGCAGGAAAUCUUAAGAUGGCAUUUGGGCUCUGGGAUAUAAUGGUCAGUGAAGGAUGCCUUCCAAAUGUUGUGACAUACACUGCCUUGAUAAAUGGCUUGUGUAAGAUAGGACUUAUGGAUAAAGCUGAGCUUCUUUGUAGGGAAAUGCUGGCUAGUAACUCACUCCCAAAUCAGAAUACGUAUGCUUGUUUCCUUGAUUACCUCACCAGUGAAGGAAAUAUAGAGAAAGCUAUACAGCUGCAUGAUGUUUUGCUUGAAGGGUUUUUAGCCAACACUGUCACAUAUAAUAUACUUAUUCGGGGUUUCUGCAAGUUGGGUAGGAUUCAGGAGGCUGCAGAAGUUCUUGUUAAUAUGAUAGAUAGUGGCAUUUCCCCUGAUUGUAUAAGUUAUUCUACAAUUAUAUUUGAGUACUGUAGAAGGGGUGAUUUAAAGGAAGCUAUUAAGCUUUGGGAGUCCAUGUUGAACAGGGGUGUGAAUCCGGAUACAGUAGCAUAUAAUUUUUUGAUAUAUGGCUGCUGUGUUACUGGAGAACUCACCAAGGCUUUUGAAUUGCGUGAUGACAUGAUGCGAAGGGGUGUAAAGCCAAAUCGGGCUACAUACAAUUCCCUCAUUCAUGGAACUUGUUUGAUGAGUUCGGUCUCAUCCACUGCUGAUUAGUUAUGCUCAAAAGAUGACUGCAUCCUAUGUGGUGAAUAGGCACUGAAACAAUGUUUCCAUAUGCUUCAGGUUGUGGUUAAUCUCAGUGAGGACUCUGUCUGACUCUGGGCAAGAACCAGGAUGUUUCCAAGUUGUAAUUUUUAUCAUGGGCUUGGCCACUAGGUCUAACCAUCUCUAUUGCUAGUUGAGGGGUAACUGGACAUUUUGUUCUGUACUCUAAUUCAACCUUGUAAAGUAGGAUGGGAAGGAGGAAUGUAAUGUGUUGGUUCUGAAAAAUGACCAACCCUCAAGCUGAGAAGAAACUCGUGGUUGAUUAGCAAUUGACAGUUGACAUUUAAAUCUCCCAAUUGGAGCUGUAAAUUGGUUGUACAUAGAUCUUUUAUUUUGAUAGUGUUGUAAUGAUAGUUUUUCUUGCAAAUUAAACUGGUGCUUUUUGUUGAGUUGUU